AUGCCAGGUGAUACUGGUGGUUACAAGAUAUACAAAGACUCACUGAAAGAGUGGCUUAUAUCAGGCCAUGCAUGGGAAACUCUGCACUAUCGUAGGUUUUUUGCCACAUGUGAGCCUCAAUAUACUGCAGAGGCCAUCAAUGGUCAACUUCCUAAAACGGGCAAGGAGACUAAUCAUAUAUGGCAGGUUUCCAUGUCUGCUUCAAAGACUCCCCUCAUACCUGUGGAGCUCUCUAGUAAACAUGCUUACCAAGAUCUGCUCAUAUGCCUCAGUAUCACUUCUCAUGUAUCCAAGAAGCAUCCCAUGGAGAAGGGAUAUUUGGGUAUUUAUUUGGGUAUUUUUGCGCAUUUAAUGGGGCUCUAG